AUGCAGCUCUACGCACUCUUCAAAGUCGCCAAUGGCGAGGACAUCACCAAAGCUCCUGCCCCGGGAAUGUUUGAUCUGAAGGGCAAAGCCAAAUACAAGGCAUGGCAAAAAGAGGUUGAUGCUGGCACCAGCGCACAGGAAGCCGAGGCGAAAUACAUCAAGCUCGUCGAAAGUCUCAAGGAGAAGUAUGGGUUUGAUCCGAGUAAAGUGCCCGAGGCAGUUGGCUCGAAUAAUUAG